AUGGGUGUCACUAAGACGCUUAUCGCAGCCGGUGACGGUGUCAACUUCCCCAAGAAGAAUGAAACUGUCGCCAUGCACUAUAGGGGAUAUCUGUACGACCCUAGCCAGCCUGAUAACAAGGGAAAACAGUUUGAUAACUCCUAUGACCGGGGUCAGCCCUUGAAGGUGGCUAUUGGCACAGGACGUGUUAUUAAAGGUUGGGAUGAGGGGGUCCCUCAGAUGAGCCUGGGAGAGAAGGCCCUGUUGACCAUCACUCCGGGGUUCCCCAAUUUGAUCCCCGCCAACUCUACCCUCCUCUUCGAGGUCCAGCUCGUGGCUAUCAACAACAAGGAGAUGCCAAAGCCCUAA